AUGAGGUUGGAGUAUGAAGUUGAAGAUGCUAUCGAAAACCUUAAACAAACAGAAUCCCAGAAGAGUGUAACCAUCUCUAACGUGUAUUCUCCCUACUUUAGCGACAGCAGCUCAGAUAGAAACAUUUCAUCCGAUAAAAACACAUACGUAAUAGCCAUAGAUGAGAGCGAUGACAGUGAAAUAUUCCCUCUAUAUGGAAACCAGAGUGUUAUUGACCUUAAAGAAUCACAAAAAACAUCAAAUAGUAAAGAAAUUUACAAUCCAUCUGAUGGAGAAUACAAAUCAGUUUCAAAAAGCGUACAGAAAUAUGUUUUCGUAGCUCAAGAAUCUUUUACACAAACUAGUAAAACUAUCAUGGAACUCGCCAAAGCUGAUGCCAAUGAAAAUUAUUCAUGUGACAAUCACGAAACGCAAACAUCUUUAGUAUCAAUCACAGAAAACAAAACUGUAAAAUAUAAAUUUGAAAUUUCUAAUUGCAAAUCAAAUUUGAAUUACAAUGAUGAAAAAUACUCCCGUAAUACAAGCAGUCCCUAUACUAAGUUUAUGCAAAAUACUUUAGAAAAUGUUUCAUCUAAAUUACCCGAAUCAAAUUAUGUAAAGACGAAUGAAAAUAUUAGCAGCGGUUCGGAUAAAUAUUUUGUUGAUGACGAGACUGUGUCUAAUGAAGAACGCUAUGAAAACACAAGUAAUUUUGAAGAUAGUAUAGGCACAGAUCUAGACGAAGACUCUCUGAUGGAACGCAAAAGACAAACAUCAGAUUGCAACAGCGGAAGCGACACCAGUGAAAUACCGAAAUCAGUAGAGAACGAUAUUGAAGAACUCUACUCUAAGCUAACAGAACAUUUCGAACAUAACACACAUCCUGCCGAAAACAAUGAAAGCAACGUAAAACAAACAGGACAUUUAACGCCCUUGACGGAAGAAUCGACGGUUCAGAAAGACAGUAUUGCGAAUUCAACAUCUAAUUAUAUAAAUAGUACAAAUGAUGACAAAGAUGUUCUAUUUACUAACAAUGCGGGUAUCAAAGUUAAAUUACUUCCAGAAUGUGAAUAUAAGGAAGAAUUCAAGCUACCACCGAUAAAGAGAGAUCAUUUGUACCUCAAAAAAUUGUUUUUGUCUGAUUACAGUUGUAAUAUAAAUGUAACUACAGAAAAUGAUACUGCUAAAGAAGUUAGGGAAUCACUGAUUGAUAGAUGGGAGAUCAGAAACAAAGACUUGGCGUCUGGCGAAGGUUGUGUUGAUAACACUAGAAAUGACUUUACAAAUAGAACCCCACGAAAUAACUGCUUCCAACUGCCACCAAUUGCUGGAGAAGUUCACGAAAAGCCCAGCAUCAAUACGGAAUCAUACUCAACUCAUAGACACGACAGAUCACCUACAAAUCACUGCCAUGCUCCCAUCAGUAUUAAGACUAAAAUAGAAGAGUUGAAAGUGAGCAGUAGAUCGUCCAGACGAGGAAUCUCUCCAUCGGAAAGUAGAAGCAUAUCUCCGGGAACCAUCUCACCGGACGACAGUAAGCUGUGCGAGAUCGCAGAGCGCGGCUGCGAGGCCCUUUGUGUGGAAAUGUUAAAGAGACUGCGUUCUUCUUCAUGGUUGCAAGUAAUUGACACGUUGGAAGAUAUCCCGAAAGUAUUAGAAAAACACUGGAAUAACAUCACGGAGCAGAGAAUCGCUGACUUAUUAAGACAAGUUAGCAGCCACGUUGAGUCGCCAAGAACGCAAGUCGCUCGUUCGGCGUGCAACACGCUCGCCGUAAUACUCAAGAAUACCAAUUAUACCAAGAAACCGGAUUUCUACGAAGCGAUCACGCUGCUGCUGUCGAAGACCGGCAGCUACAGCGGACCGGUGCGGAGAGCUGCAAACGUCGCGUUAGAUGAGAUAGUCUGCAGCGUGAAUUUCACACACGCCAUCACAGCUCUCUGCAUACACGGGACUGGCCACAAAAGCGGGCUAGUGAGAUGCGCGGCGUGCCGGCUGCUAGUGGUGGCUUGCGCGCUGGCGGGCGGGGGCAGGGCUCUGCUUCGGUCCCGACCUCCCACGGCCGCGUGCGCCAGGAAACACACAUUAAGAUCAUUGGCUGCUCUAUUGGAUGACAAAAAUACAGAGACGAGAAAAUACGCUGAGCGCCUGUACGCGAUUCUCCGACCACUACCGAACUUUGAGGCUUACUAUUUGAACGACGUAGACAUAGAACUGGCCACCAAGCAGAUGAAGAAAUACGACCAGCUCGUCCUCUGUGGAGGGAAGAAGAAAAGAUGAUGACAAGCAAU